AAACCGGAAAUACAAAGUAAAGGAAUUGCAGCGCUGUCAAGCUAGCGUCUAAAGCGUUUUGUACAGUAAAUACAGUUACUGUAGAAACGAGUUAUAACUCUUUUGCUGCAUUGUUUAAAUAUUUUUAUUUUCAAGAGAGCAACUUCAGUUGAGUGUUAUUUACCUUUUCUGUAGGGUUGCCUCUUGCCCGACCUGCAACUCGAUAUACAGUAUCAAUGCUAGCUUACCUGUUAAGAGCUGCUGUGGUAACUGCAUACGUCGUGCAAAUCUCUUAACUCGGUGAGGGAAAAUGUCGUUUUGCAGGCAAACAUCGUGGAUUUGUCUUAUUGGUGCUGCGGGGAUCGUGGUUUUGCUGAAUGCUGUUGUUGCUCAAGCAAAGAGCUUUGAAGACGUGCGCUGCAAGUGCAUCUGCCCGCCUUACAGAAACAUCACUGGCCACAUCUAUAACAGAAAUGUCUCCCAGAAAGAUUGCAUCUGCCUUCAUGUGGUGGAUCCCAUGCCGGUACCCGGCCAUGACGUGGAAGCUUACUGUUUGCUGUGUGAGUGCAAGUACGAGGAGCGAAGCAGCAAUACCAUCAAGGUGACAAUCAUCCUCUACCUGUCUGUUGUGGGUGCACUCUUACUCUACAUGCUCUUUCUCCUUCUGGUUGAUCCUCUCAUCCGCAAGCAUGAUUCUUACACCCAGCCUCUGCACAACGAGGAGGACUCUGAAGAGAUGCGUCCGCAGGUGGACAGCAGCCAGGUCAGAGGAAACACAGUGCUGGAGCGGGUUGAGGGUGCACAGCAGCGCUGGAAGAAGCAGGUGCAGGAACAGCGUAAGACUGUUUUUGACCGCCAUAAGAUGCUGAGUUAAACUGAUGCUGAACCAGGGCUGGAGGAUCUUCUCUAGGGUAUUGUCACCAGCUGCACUUCCUACAUUGCUCUGCACGCUUAGAAUUACACCACAGUGCAUUCUAUACAGUCGUCCCUCGCUAUAUUGCUUCCUCACUAUAUUGCACUUAAAAAAAAUAAUAAUAAUAAAUGAUCGCUGUUUUGUGGUUGACUCUUGCCUAUUAUUAGUCAAAAAAUAUUGAAAGACAAGUUAUAUGUAGUAUUUUGGUCACUAGGCAACAGUAAUGCAAUGAGACAGAUUACAUUAGAUUACAUUACCUUUCACACUGCAUGGAGACUGGCUACAGAGCUAGCAGAACUUAGCUGACCUGCCAUGGUGGGAUCGAGUGGAUAAAAAGGUUCUCCUCUCAUUCCAUGUAGAAGUAAGUUUUUGGCUUCGUUGUCCUUCUUCCCCACUCGGUUUGAAACACUUUAAGUUUAGAAUAAGUAAAUUGGAGAGGCUAACUAGUUAGCCUGGUGGCUUUCUAUGCUAGUGACGGCCGUCUGUUAUGUCCCUGCAGUGAUCCUGUAGCCUGCGCAAUGUGAUGUAAACACAGAAUAAUAAGAGUGUAAAAGUGACUAUUAGGGUGUUAUUUCAUGUCUACAGAGCUCUAAUAAUGUCAAAACCCGUAUUUACAAGUCAAACAAGUUUUCUCUUCCCCAACUACGAAACUAUUUUGUUUAUUAAUAUUGAAUCCUAUUUCGCUGAUACUCACUUAUCGUGGUUUGUUCUGGAAGCAAUUAAACGUGUUAAAUGAGGGAUGACUGUAAUGCAGUCCAGUACAGCUUAUUAGUAAUGCGAUGAUGAUUAUGCGUUUCUCUGCUGCUGCUUUGAGCGACAGGGUGUAAAAGUUGUCUAUUUGUCAUUCCUAACUGGAUCAGUCACAGAACUUUUAGAUUGCACCUCUUUAAAGUAUCAGCUCUGCGUACUCCAAUGCUAAAUGUAAUCUUAAUCAUUUCAGCAGUUUGCAUUGCAACAGACAUAAAAUGUUCUUGUGGAAUGUUAUUUUAAUACUUUUAAGACUUCAGCUUCCUUGCGGCAUUUUUGUUUUUGGUUGUAUGCUAAUUUACAAAAUGAGUUUGUGGCUGGAAGCUGCCUCAGUGCAGAUAAGCUUCAUGUUUGUAAAUGUUCAGUUUAAGUAGCAGUAGGGGUGUCCCGAUACAACUUGUUCACUUCCUUUUUUUUUUUUUUGUCCUGUCCAGCCUUUGGAGCAAAUAGAAGUGUUGAUCUAGAUGCCCUUACAUACUAAACAUAUUUGCUCUGCCAGGGACAAGUGUAAAA